AUGCAGUUCGCCGCCAUUAUCACUCUUGCCUUCACCGCUCUGGCCAUCGCCAACCCAAUCGACCAGCUCGGCGCUGUCGUUGAACCUCGCUGCGUCGGAAACCUUGGGGUUUGCGACCCCACGGCCAGUGAUUGCUGCAGCGGAUUGUACUGCUGCGGUAUCAUUGGCGACAAGCGUGUCUGCCAGACUGGCACCUGCUAA